AGCGGCGGGGAGAGGGAGAGAUGGAGGGAGGGAUGAAUAUUCAUAAGCGGGCGGCGCUGACAUCACAGUGCCACUAGGCUCCUGAAAACCCCAUCUGUGCCAGUUACAGCCACAUUUACAUAUAUAUAGAAAAACUAAGAUUGUGAGCGAACAGCUGGAGGAUCCGGGCAAGUGCACUUUAUUUGUUUUGGUGUUGCUACAAGUUUGUUGUUCCUGCCCCCUGAUGAGGUCACUCAGGUAUUUUACCGGGACCUCGUCAGUGGGCGUGAUGGUCUGACGAAGUACGGAAGUACGACACAGCUGUUACCUGCACGCUGAGGCCCUCGGCAUUCCUGUUCAUUCACCUGUCUGACACCGCCACCGUGUUCAUACUAUAAAGAACCUUUUUGAAGCUACCAUUUUGGACAGGAACCCUGGUGGAUUUGGAUCCGCUGGACCUGAUUGGCAGAUGGCUCGGACCGUACCAGGAAGCGGAGUCUAAGGUGUAGUCAAAGCGCAGCAGGAGUUCAGUAGUUUGCCGCUAGGAAAAGUCAUCCAACUUGUUGUUGUCGCUGUACACGUCACAAUAGCACAUUCAUAUCUCUCUAUAUAAAUGGCUUUCCCUUGUCUCUUCCUCCAUCAAUUGGCUUAGCCUGGCGACUCUCCAACAACGCACAUAUAUCUUGAAAACAUGAUGUUCAAUACAGUCCUGCUGUGCAUGGCUAUGGUUCAAGCAAUUCAGGCUAUACUGACCUCAGAUUCUAGCAAUGGAAGGUUUGAAGGAAUUAGCUCUGGUGCAAAUACUGGCGGAUAUAACUACCAAGGAGUACUACAUAAAGUAAAAGAGUCUGGGUUACUUAUGCCAGCAAGUCUAGCAAGAUCAGACAUUCUUAGAAUGGACACAGGAGCGGCUGAAGAGAAUCUAAUGGAAGAUUACAGCUUGGUGGACCCACGGGCCCUGUCACUGGAAGUAUCAUCCCGUGAAGAGCGUUCACCCAGGAGAUGUGUCCAACUUCGGGAAUCAUGUGUUGGACAUCUGCCCUGCUGCAGCCCUUGUGCAACCUGUUACUGCCGUUUCUUCAAUGCAAUUUGCUAUUGUAAAAAGACCAGCACCAACUGUCACCAAGGCAAAAAAUAGCCGUAUUUUGCUUUUCUAGAGGGAAAGAUGUGUCAUUAUAUUAUGAUGUUCAUUAUGAACUUGUAUAUUUACCUAUAUUUUCUCUACAACUAUUUAAUACCUGCCUUAUACGAACUAUCAUUUAGAUAUGACUUUAUGCAGUUCUUGUCUAUGUGUCCAUGAAUGUAAUUUCAAUUGUCUUAGUGGAAUUAAAGGAUUUAUACUAC